GAGGGAGGCGAGCAUUUCCCAUACUCACAUCAUGAAGGCGGCGUUGUACUCCUCCUGUUUUCUCUCCUGUCUCAGACAGAGUUCAGGUGACAUGAACAGUGAAGUUGAUGGAUCUUCUUUGUCAUUGCAGACACAGGGACAUCACUCUGCUUCGUCCAAACCUCAAAAUCUCAGUAUGAUGUCUGAGGGAAACGUCACAGUGCUGCCAUUCGGACCUGUGUCUCUAGACCUGUCCAGGCAGGAGCAGCGGACACUGACCAGACUGUACAGCCGUAACGGAGGAUAUCACCUGAGGAUUUUACCUGAUGGAUCUGUUAGCGGUGGCAGGCAAGAAAACGACCCCUAUGACGUGCUGAGGCUGAAGGCUGUGAGCGUGGGAGUUGUGGUUAUCAAGGGCGAGAUAACAGGAAGGUAUCUGGCUAUGAACAAAAAUGGACACCUCUACGGAUCACAAGCACUGAAUGAUGAGUGUUACUUCUUAGAGAAGUAUGAAGAAAACAACUACAACACGUAUUGCUCUCAGAAGUACAACUGGUAUGUCGGGCUGAAGAGGAAUGGCCAACCUAAAGCAGGAUCGGACACCCACCAGGGUCAGAAGGCCAUCUUUUUCCUGCCAAGGCCUGCGGGUAACAUGUAAAGCAAGACGGCACCAGGAACCGCGGACACGCUCACUGAAGUCUUGAAAUACACAUUUUACACUGGGCAAAGUAUCCCAUUUUAAGGUCACUUAAAAUCAGUACAAUGGAGCAGUAAAGCCUGAGGCAAAAAAAUAAUAAUGUUUUACAGUUAGUUCAAGCUCUACUUCCAUGUUAAUAACUUCCAUGUUUGUUCAUUCCUCUUGUUUAUGCAGGGAAUAUAAGAUUCCAGCUCAUGUAAGCAGCUUAUACUUUCUUUCUUUUUUUAUGUUGCAGUUUUAUGAGCUACUAUCCAUAAUCAUUUCCGCCUAUAAGAACAUACACCCUCUCUCAGUCUCUGCAUACAAAAAACGUGUGCUAAAUCAGUGCAUGUCAGCCGUGAUAGAUGUGUGUUCACUUUGAACCUCGGUAUGAAAUACCACUGCGGGAAGAUAGCAACAGGCUGCUUUUACACAGAAAUAGUUUUACAAUGGAUCACGUCUGGCAUGAAGUAAACCAACAGGGCAGUAAACAUAAAAGGGCCGACCAUCUGGCAUUGAACUAAAACUAAGGAAAACAAAGUCUACACUGAAUAAAAUAAUAAUAGUAGUCUAACUAUUCAGUAGGUUGGCUGAAUUUGGAAUGACUGAAAGUCUUAGUAGUCACUUUUUUUAUUUUUGCUCAAGCCUGUUUUAUAAACGCUUCUCAACAGGUCAUUUGAACAGGGUCUUGAAAAGCGCAUUAAUGUUAAUGAAAGGGUGAGUCAUGCCAACAUUGCAUACAAGUCUUCAGCAUCAGAAAACCUUUAUUUGUCCCUCAGAGGGGAAAUUUACAAGGCAGAAAACUUUGUUCCAGUUAUCAACAGAGUUUUUUCUGAUAUGUUCCUGAAAAAGUCGCUCAAAAGAAUAAUGUUGUAUUAUAUAAGGCAGAAAGGGACCCAAUAUUUGGCCAUCCUGUUCUGGACUAGAAAUGUCAAAUUGUUUCUUUUCACUGAGCAAAAUAACUCAUCUAUACAGUCUAACUAUUAUUUACGAAAGCAACUUUCUUUGUACACAUUAUACUGUGACAUUAUUUUAGGUUAAAUUACUUGUGUGAAUAUUUAUUUAUAAAAUUGUAUCGCUAAUACAAUUACAUUUUGCUGAGCAUCGUAACAAACAUUUUUGAAAUAAUUUAUAAAUACAUAGUGAUGUAGCAAAAGGUAAUGUGAACACCUUUUACAAAGUAAUACAUAUUGUAUUAAAUGUACUUAUAUUAAUGAAAUACAUCAUAAUCCGUAAAAUAAAUAGUAUGUAUGUAACCAUUGAUUUCUGCUUAGAAGGUAGACAUGUGAAUAAAUGUUAAAGUGUACAUACAUUUUUCAAACGGAACGUGUUAUAUGCUUUGUCCAAUACACCUGUUGCUAAUGA